AUGGGUAAUCGGUUCAGCAGACAGAAUGAGGGAGUCGAGGAUCUCGACUUUAGUUCAAAUCCCUACCGAUAUCCUCCUCCUUCAGGUAAGCGAGCGCCAUUUUCUCGCAUGAUAUGGGAACGCCAUUUUUGGAUGAUUUGUAUAAAGCGUUUAUUGACAUUAGAAAAUGAUCCUAACCACAACAUUUUAUAUACAGGAAAGAACUACUUUGCUGAUUAUUUUCUUAUGGGUGGAUCUAAGUUCGACAGCCCACAACCUGAAGCAUACCUUUUCGGAGAAAACAAUGAUUUGAACCUUCUAAACCCGAAACCAGUUUCGGUAAGAGCUUGUAAUUGUUGUUAAGGGUAUCAUAGUUAGCAAAAGUUUACUACCUUAUGCUGAUACAAAAUUUACAUUAAGUUCUUUUAAACACAAUCCCUGUACUUCAGAGACUCUUACCUAAUAUCUACUGAACUUAAUGAAUCAUAAAGUUUCAAAUACGUAAUGUGAGUUGUAACGUGCAUGAUGAAAGUCUGGGAAGCGUCUUAAGCUUACAUAUUUUUUCAGUUGAUUAUUAUUUAAGCUUAACUUUUAUCAGAAUCUUCAUGCAUUCAAAAUGAUCUGGUUAUAAAAUCGGUUUCAGGUAUAAAGAGUGAAACUAUAAUUUCCUUCAGUUGUAAUUGUUCGUUAUGGAAUACAAAGUGUUUGCAUUCUUACUUUGUUUAUUCUGCAUGUCACGCAAAUGAUGAUGAUGGUCGUAAUGAAAUUAUGAUCAUAUGAAUUUCAUAUAUUAUGAUGAUCAUAAUGUUGUUGUUAGUUCUUUUGCUUUUUGUAGUUUUUAAAAGAGUAUAAGUGAUGGAGGUAUUUUAGCAUAAUAGGAAACCAUGGUUAUGACUGCAUUGGACUGUUUCUAGAUUAUACAGUAACACUCUGCAGAAGUUUCUGUUUAUAUCUCCAACUCUAUUGCAGGUGUAGGCCUUACUUCGCACUGGCCAUUACAUAUAUUAACAUUAUGCAUAUUACUCAUUUUAGAAGGUCAUGUAAAUUAGCGAUUUAAAGUCAUGUUUCCUAAAAGUCAUCUUGCCCAAAGUUUAAUACAUGUAUAUUGCCCGAAACUAGGGUCAAGUUGCCCAAAUGAUGAGUUACAUUGUCCAAAAUUUUAUUGUGCUCUAUGAUUUAUAUCCUUAGAGACGUAAAUCUAUAUAUUACUCAUUUCUGGCAUUUUUUUCGCCUUAUUGAGGUUAAAGAACAAGAUGAAUGUUACCUAAUUACACAUUUAUGGCACUUGGAUCAUUGCAUCAUGGCUUAAAGAGCGAGAUACAUUACACAUAAUGCUUUAUUCUACUUUAUUUUACUCCAUUAUAUUUUAACCUAUACACCUGAAAAAUUUUUAACUCUGGUUUUGGGCGAGAUAAUUUUAGGUGACUUGACUAGUUUUUUUUUUUUACCAAUAAUUAUUGAGCAUAAGAUAAUAUGGGAAUUAAUUAUGGUGGGUCCUUCCUUUUUUGCAGUUUCCAUAUCCACAGCCUCCUGGUAAUGAGCCAACAAAGACCCUAAGAAGUCUUGUGAACUUAAGAAAAGAUUCACUUAAACUGGUUAAGUAAGUACCCUUAAGAUCUUAAGUUUCUUAAGUGCAUGUUAGUGAUAUACAUGCAAGUCCUUCUGUGGUUGUAAAAAUGAGGUUACCUUCCAACUGAGUUGACUUGGUGAAUGAUGUUGCCCUGAAUGUUGAAAAAAAUUCAAAACCAGGUUUCCAAUCCAAUGCUUACCUUGCUAACUCCACAGUACUUUGAUGAAACAUUAGUGCCUCCUAAUGUCAACUUUUAAAUCCUUGGACAGUUGUAGGGCUUCAUGAAAAAAAAAGGAUCAAAGGGAUUUUUGAUACUUGUACAUGUACCUGCUAGGUUUUCUUUCUUAUUCCUUUAGUUCUCUUGUAAGGCAAGGGAAUUUUAAAUUUAUUUUAAACAAGGUCAAGAGUCAGUCACCACCUUUUUUCACCUGAUCCUUUGCAUCAGGUACAUUGAACUCAAGAGGUGUACUUCAUUUUGAAAAGUUUGCAUGUGUUAAUUUACCAUAGGGAACAGAUAAAUCAAUGUAAAUAAUAUUGUUUUAGAGUUUGAAAACAAAAUAAGUCUUGCAUCAAUAUCGUUAAGUGGCAUGCAAUGUAUUUAGAGUUUAUUUGCUGUUAUUAAGGUUUCACAUUGUCCUUUCCUUGCAUGGGAGACUGACAAUAGAGUGUUUUUUUAUCUUCUCUUUACAGAAACAUAGAUGAAGAGAGCUAUUCUGUAGAAUUUGUUUUUGAUGCAGAUGUUAGUUGCUCUGUAACAGUUCAUUACAGGGCAACAGAAGACUUCUCCACUGGUCUAGCAAUGUAAGUUUUGUUACUACAGUAGGGAAUCAGGGUUGUCAUUAAGAGCCGGGGGCCGGCGAUUUUCCCCGGCUACUAAGAGAGUGGUCCCCGGCUACUUUUAUUGGAAAAUCGAACAAAAAUAGAACCAAAAGAAAUCCCUAGCUGUUUGAUUCCCCGCCUACUUGUUGUAUUCACCCUGCAACUUGAAAUCUUAGUGACAACCCUGGGGAAUGGGCUGUAAUUUGAAAGAGAAGAUUUUAGCAACUCAUUAUGAAUGUAUAGUUACAAACACUUUUACCUAAGCAGUUGUAUAUCUAAAACUAAUGACAGAAGUAAGGUUCGACACACAGAAAAUCAAAUUUGGUUUAUUUCUCUUUUGCAAAACUAGACCUUUAAACAUCCAAGCAAUAGUAGCAAUUGAUAAUGCAGUCAAACCUCUGGUAAGGGACCACAAAAUAUGAAGACUUACAUGUACAGCUGCAGUGGUGUGGCACAGAAGUUGGUCAAUUACAAAAAUUGAAAGGUAGAGGGGCUUUUUUCGGGAAGAUAUCCACACACAUCAACUUUAUGGUAGAUAGCACUCACAUGUCAAGUAUUCAAAGAACUUUUAAAAACAACAUGGAACUACAGUUAUCAUAACUUACAGUAGAAUGCUUUUUGUGGUUAAAAGUUCUUCAUACAUGUAUUUAUAUGUUACGCGUCAAAAUUAAAUUCAGAUUAAAAUUUUUCAACCUCGGUUGAUUCUCCAUUUCCCUUGUCUCCUAGCUUUGAUUCGUGAAUAAUUAGGGCUAGGAGACAAAAGAAAUCGAGAAUCAACCUAGGUUAAAAAUAUUUAACCUGAAUUUAAUUUUGACCUGUAACAUUUACUCUACGUGCAGUUGUAAGUAGCAGACAGAACUGAAUGCGAACACAGAGAUCAGGCCUUUCGUCAGGUGGUCCCUUACAAGUUUUUGAGAACACUGGAAAAUAAUUAAAUCAUCGGCCCUGAAAAGUGGUUGCGGCACUUACAAGAGGUGGUUGCUUACAAAAGGGUUCCAACUGAAAGGCUUUGUUUGGGAAAAGUUUAGUGUUUUGAAUAGGUGGUCACUUAUGGGUGGUAGUUGCUCACCAGAGAUGUUUGCACUUGGAACUUUGAUUGUAUUACAAUUCUACUUUCCUUUUUAGAUACACCUCUCAAGAACCCUUCACAUCUUCAGCCAAGACACAUUUUUCAAAAGGGUCAGGACAAGUUUAUAGCAGUUCAUCUAAACACAGAAUUAGACCCAGUUUAUUUUCUGAAGACGAGGUAAGGAUGAAGUUUGAUUUGGAGCUAUAUUGCUGCAUUUUUUUAUGUCCAGUGCAUGGUAUAUAAUUUGCCAAAUAUCUUGUUUGUUCUUUGCAUAAAGUAAUUAGCACUAGCUAAAAACACAAGCUUGACAGUCUCUGGUGUCGGUGAUACCAUAUUAGAAAGUACAUGUGUAAAUUUUGAUUGGUUCUCCAAAACCCCAGCAUUGGAACAGAGUUAUACUGCUCAGGGUUGUCUGUAUGUUUCUGUUGUAAAAACAAAGUUCUUGUACAGAGUACGAGAACAACAAACGCUUUUAACUACAUGUGUAUACUGUAAGUUUUUCAUAGUGAGUAAGGAUGUUUCAUUUUGUUGCAUUUUCAGUUGAAUUAUUGUCCCCUAAGCAAUGCCUUUAUCCCUGUUGUGAUCCAGAUUGAUGUGGAUGAAGAAGGUAGGUCACUUUGCAGCCAUAAUGUGAAUCGAUAACCUAAUCAUAAAAAAUCCUUUCUCAAAAUUCUUAUACUGUAAGUGAUAGACAAAAUAUUUUUGUGUCAGAUGACUAUUCUAGCUGUACCAAUAUCAGCCAUGUUUUAAAACAGAAAACUGGCUUGCUUGCUCUGCCAUAGGAUUCCAAGUUGUUCUGUUCAUUGAAAUUAUUUGUUUCUGUCCUUAUUUGUGAGCCAUGAUAACAACUUGGUUAAUAGUUGGUACAAUGUAAAUGGAAAGUGUAAAUUCUGUACAUGUAUGUAUGAUUUGUAUCCAUGAGCUUGUGUUUUAACAACUACAUCGCUAAAUGUGCUUUUCUUGUUCAGCUUAAAUUCCUUCUUCCCUCCUCCUCCCUCCACUUAUUUCCCUGUUUUACACUGCUCUACUCUAAUAAUGAUAUUCAAAGUGCUUUGUUUCAGUCUAAUAAUCCAUCCCAUUUCUACUCAACAGAAUACUUUGGGCAUUGUAACAUCACAAUGGCAACAUUUGAAAAAAUGUCUGAUGGAUCGUACAUAAUAAAACCCAUCAAACAAAAGCAAAUGGUAUGCUGCACACUUCUUGUGAACUUUAACUCUACAGAGAAACCUCCUGUUUACAUUGUAUUGCAUAAAAUAAUAAUUAUUAUUUUAUUCAAGGAUAAAACAUGGUCAUUUGCAUAAGUUGCUUGGGUUUGAAAGUGCUGUAGAGCUCAGUAUAUUUGACUGAUUUAGCAAGAGAACAGGAAUAUCAGUUGACGACGGUGCACACAAAUUAAACAACUGGUUUGACCAAUGGCAGAGCAGCAAAUUGGGCACCGGAAGUAGUGUUCAGUCCUUUCUACAUGCUUUCCUGUCGACAACUGAUGUUCCUGUCUUUUUGCUAAAUCAGCCUAUUGUAGUAAAGGGAAGUAACAGUUUGCUGUAUUUUACUUCUGGAGUUGUUCUGACCAUCUUUUGGUUUUCUCUUAUUUGAUGCGAUAAAAAUUAACUUGAGGUGCAAAGUGAUUUUUCAUACCUUAGGUGCUUUGGAAAGGAGUGAAAAGGUUGAAUACAUGUACCUGCAGGAAUACUGUAUUUACUUUGUAAUCAGCGGUCUGUGAAGGAACUGAUAAAGAGUAUUUUAACUUUUAUUUGUUUUUGACUGUUGUACUUAAGGUUGAUGGACUGUGCUACCUUCUUCAAGAAAUCUAUGGAAUAGAAAAUAAAAUCAAUCAAAAAAGUGGAAAGGUUUGUACUUUUUAUACAUUUUGUUUUAUGAUCUUAUUAUGUUUCCAAAUGGUCUGGAAAUAAGCAGACAAACAAAAAUCCUUGAAAAAUGGACGGCAACUUUCAAUUUAAAUGUAGGACAAGACAUGUUUUGAUUCAUCUACGAUCAUGUUCAAUUGCAAGUAAUACAGUGUGUGAUUUGUAUUAACAAUAUACAUCUGCAUGAUGAUGCACGACACAAAAAACUCGUGAUUACAAUUUAAACAUAAUGUUAUUAAUGAGCUUGAGAUAACGAACAUUAUGCAUACAAGGGAAAGGUACAAAGAAACCAAAUAAAUACAAUGUAUUUUUAAAAUCUGUUAAAAUGUAUAUUACACAGCAGUAAAAAAAUAUAUUCAUAUAUUCAUAAAAAAGAAUAAAAGUAAUAAGAAUAAAAAUAGCAAAAAUAAAGUUACAACGAAAGAGCACGCUCAGCAUGUUUGAGUUGCUUGUUCAGUGUUUGAUUCUCCCACAUGAUGUGUGCGGCUUCUUUAAUCUUAGCAUAAUCUUAUGCUUUCAACUGUGUUCUUCUCAUGGAGCUGGCUUUAGCAGUGUUGCACGCACAGUUAAUAGAACUGGCAAUUACAGGUAUUGUUGCAGCAGUUUAUCUCUGUAGAAUCAAAGACAUUGACAAUAUAAUUAACUCUAACUCUGAACAGGAUGAAGAAAAUGACCUCGAAGAGACUGGCUCAGAAUGUGUCAUCUGCAUGAGCGACAUGAGAGACACUCUUAUUUUGCCAUGCAGACAUCUAUGCCUUUGUAGAGACUGUGGUAGGUUGCAGAAUCUUUGUGUAUAACGAACUGUACUAGGCCUUUCAGUUUAACAUGACUGAUUGAAAUGUCAUAGGACUUAGCUGAAGCUAACUCAAUAUAAGACACCAAGUUAACCAUGAUACUUGCUACCAUGUUAUUACUUGAAUUAAGUUCUUUAGCAGACUUCUCAGUUAUUGAACUGUUUAUCAAAAUAUUCUGGAGAGGUCACAUCCACUAUCACAACAGUUAAAUGAACCCUUAAGCUUCCAAAAUGGAAGAGAGAUUUGAUUGUCUUUUUCAUUUUUUUUUUCUACAGCUGAAUCCCUUAGGUACCAAGCAAGUAACUGCCCAAUAUGUAGAUCACGUAAGUACAAAAAUACACUUUAGCCUCUACAUUGUGGCUCUUAAAAGAAGAUUCUCUUAAAGAAUGUAUUAAGAUGCGAGGGGUUUCACUAACAUUUACACUUAUUUAUGGUUGGUAGUUGAUGCUAGGCAGCCAGGUAUUUUGGAUGGGCCAAAUUCUCUUCCUAAGCAGGGGAUCUGGCCAACCAUCCUUGCCUGGAGAAAUUUGGAAUCCAAUUCAGGAAAUGAGUCUCUCUCAUGGAGACACAUUUUCCUGCAUUUUGGGGCAAAAUUGGGGGCUUUUCUGCUUUAUUACAGUCAAACCAGGUCAAGCGUUCCCGUCGCUAACGAACUAAUGAAUUCUUUCACGGAAAAAUGAUUUCGUUUGUUGAUUCAAUAAUCCAUUCAUAAAAUGAACAAUCCAAUAGUCAUAUUUAGCCUCGAUUCCAUAAUCGAAAGUUGAUUCGAUUACUGUUUUUUGAAAAAUUAGACUUUCCACAAGUUGACCUCAGAAUUUUGUUUUUUCCUCUUUUUUUUCUGAGAGUCGAGUGCUGGCGAGUUCUGAAGUUUAAACCCAAACAAACUUUUACAUGUACGCCAGUUUGCUGCCAAUAAUCAGUGCAACAGACCUAGGCCUGACCUCUUAGAAAACAUGACGGUCAAACUGAGGUCAGUGUAUGUGCGGUGAUUGGUGGAUUUCGAUCCUCGGCCUUUGUCAGUUUCUUUGCGUUUGCAGUCUGUCUAUUCUAGCUGUUAUUUUGAUUAAAGGCAAUGAAAAACGCAAUCGGAAACGGCAGGAAAAGGGAAUCAAAUACGGUUGAACACAACAGACAAGAAUAAAGAACAGGUAGAUUUUGUUCAUAAACCAAAUCAACAUUUGAUUAUUGAAUCGAGGUACAAUUUGACAGUUGGAUUAUUCAUUUUAUGAAUGGAUUAUUGAAUCAACAAACGAAAUCAUUUUUCCAUUAAUGAAUUCAUUAGUUUGUUAGCGACGGGAACCCUUGACCUGCUUUGACUGUAAACAUCAUUAAGAAAUACAUUUUCAACGUAUCAUUAUUAUUAUGUUUUUUUUUAUUAUUUUUUAUUUUUUUGAGAUCAUGGAGCAUUCUUCCAGCCCGAGUAAAGGUUAUUGAACAGUCUUCAUGCCAGUAGUUCUACCUGCUACCCUCUGCAAUCAUUGAAACCCCUGUAUUCCAAUCACUCGUACUCUAGAUAAUGCUCACCAUUUGUGAGGUGAUGGAUACUGUUUAUGAAAAUCCAUUAGAACUGCAUUAUGAAGAAGUAAAUGUAAAGAAGUUCAAAGCAGUUCUAGAAGGUUUCUAUGGCGGUUGUGUAAAGAAAGCCUGAUAAAUUUCAGGCUACUACAGGUUUUGAACCAUUGACCUCUGGGAUACCUUUUGAAGUGCUCUUGCCAGUUGUGUUAAAAAGCAAGCAGGGAAGUUUGCUGGCUAGUUUAGUUAGUUCAUCGUGAACCCUUGAAAUUUGCCAAGAUGAAGUAAUGAAUAUGAUAUGAUAGUCAUACAUAAGAAAUUCAUGGUGAAGAAUUAAAUGGUAAGAUCAAAGCGACUAUAGAUGUUGCUGUCAGAGUUCCUGUCAUGUUAUAAACUAAACUACUUUAAACGCAUCAUUGUUCUUUGUUGUUGUCGUUUUUAAAUAUAACGAUACAUCAUUUCUCUCUCCCUUAGCUUUCCAUGCCUUGCUUCAGAUCUGUGCUUACAGUAAACAAGACAGUAAGGAAAGCAGUGCUAAUUCUCAGGUAUGAUAUUAAGUUAAUCAUGCCGUUUCAAACACCAUUUUAUGAGGCACGAUGCCGUGUUACGCCCCCACAAAUCCUGUGAAAGCUAAAUUCCCCAUGUUGAAACCAAAUGAUUAAACACUUAGGAAUUCAGGCCAAUCCUACUUUUUACUGUACUGUGCUUGUGGGCUUUGUACUAUUGUCUUAUUUCUUGUUGUAGGGAAACACCCAUGGCGAAGACACGUGGCCUGGCUAUGAACAGAUUCCAUUAGUGGAAGCAUUGAAUGGAACCAUCAAACCAGAUAACAUACCUGAAGGUAUUAAGACAAAGCUCCCAACAACUCACCUUUUGUGAAGACUAUUUGAAUCCCUACUAGUUGUACUGAAUCACGUAAUUAUGAUGCCCUUUUGAUUUCGAUAAAGCUUUCAGCAAUUAGCUAGUCAGCCGUUUCCCUUUUAAAUGGUAACUUCCAACUAACUUGUUUUGUUUCUCCGUUCCUUUUAUUUACAACUUUUCUGCAUUUCAUUCUUUUACCAUGAAAGAACGUUUGAAUAAUUGCGAGUUAAGAAAUCCUCCUGCGCUAUCAACUAAUAUAUCUAAUUUUAUUGGCUUUUUGUAGAAGCCAUUGCCCGCAUGCGUCGAAGGUCUGCAUCGAGUAUCCGCUCUUCAGGAAGAAGAAGAGUUGAGAGUGCGCGCACUCAGCGGUAUGUUGAACGAUCCUUCUCUGCAUGCUCUGGAAUGUCCCGACCCAGAACGGCCCCUAACCGAUCUAGACUUGAGCGUGCGCAGUCCAGUCCUGGGAGUGCUCGGACAGUUGAACGCCGAGAGACCCCGGGAGGCCCUCGAGACCAGGCCCCCGGAAAUGCACAAGAACAGGAUCACAGAAUUGAACGAGCAUCUGAGGAGGACACAACAGACCGCACACCUCGCAGAGGUGCAAAUAUUGAGGAAUUAAAGAACGGGGAUGAAGUGGAAGAGCUUACAUUGGUAAAAGAUGGGGAACAAGGUACGUGUUACAAAACUGCCGUUGUGGGCGCCUGCUCGUUUCUUAUUAGGGACGGUACUGACUUCAGUAACCUACGCGACAGACGCGUACAGCUGUAAGAAGUAAGGUGUACGAACAAGAGGACACGUAUGCAGGCUGAUUUUACCAGGCUGUUGAAUCUGUGUUGCAUUCAGUAAUAUAUGUGGAUAGGUUAAGCAUGUAGAUCCAACAGUGCGCAAAAGGGCAAUUUGAUCUUCGUUACCAAAUUGAUUUUACCAAACUACGUCCCUACUUGCGUUCAUAAUUCAUACACCAACUGUAGUAGAAAGAGGUUAUGUUUGUCUUACUGGUAAAACUAAGCUUUAGGGUCGUGUAGCCGGCUUCUAAUUCCACGCCCAAAAUUGCAAAGCGCGCAAAUGACGAAACUCCUGCUGUCCAAGUGCUCAAGCGUAUUGUUUCUUUCACAGAUUCAUCUCCAGUAUUUUUACCUGAACAAGAGCAAGACGAAGAUCCUUCAGACCUUCAGGUGCAUGUGGAUGUCUCAUUACCCGGUACACCGCUAAGCAGUGAUGUCAGUGGGCGCAGCAGUCGCAGCGCCGUAAGUGUUACAGCAACCACACCUACCUAUAUCCGGCUAGAAGAGGGAACAGGACAGACUACUGUAACCACAAUACCUACUUAAAUACAUCGAACAUGGACCUUUUUUCGCUCAUGGGGUUAGUUUGUUGCUCAACAUUAAUUCCUAAAAACUCAGUUAGCGGUAAAAUUACAGGCAAAAAUCUAUGAAACGGAGUUGUUCUAUAACUGUCGAUUCCGAAUUUUUUCUCCUGACCAAAAGGUUGUCAGGUCUUGGUGAAAUGGGGCUUCUGGUGUUGCCUUGCGAGGCUUAUAGAUAUACGUUAUUGACCAAGUGGAGGUCAAGAGGGGUAAAUAUUGACCACGUUCUUUUUUGCGUUUUUAUCGAUCGAGACGACGUUGGGGUCAAUAAAAAAGCAAAAAGAACGAGGCCAAUAUUCACCCAUUUUGACCGAACAAGCUUGGUCAAUAACGGAUUUAUUAUAUGGCCGAAAAGAGAACAUUUUCUCUCAGGUCUAUCACGGAGAGGGCAAAAUGGGCCCAUCUUGCACGUUUGGGUAGCCAAUCAGAACUCAGGAGUGACUUCAUCUUGCCUGCUCGCGGAUUCAGCCAUAUAGUAAAAUACUAUAUUCCUUAGUUGGCGUCAUAGUGCUGUUGGUAUAAUCUUCUCAUCAUGAAAAGCGAAUUUCCAUCUUGUAGACGUCUUGCGUUGCCUUAGGUUGUUACCGUGGUGGAAUCCGAUGCGAGUACGUUGUUAGAACAUCUUCGUCCUUGGGGUCUGUCUUCCUUUCCUCUGGAACGAGAGAAGACUGAGAAUGAAAAAAAUAUCCUAGGAGCGAGGUUGUGGUUGAAUGAGAAGUUUAAAAAUGGAGUACGGUUUACGUUUUUGUAGAGUGGUGAGAAGUUUAACAGAUGUUACCGGUAUGCAAGACGUAAUUAGUUAAAUGGUCGCACGUAGGGAUUUUGUCCGUAGAUAAUGUGUGAUCUUACAUUGACGGUCAAAGGCCGUCUAAUUAACCAACUACAAUUUCUGCUUUACCGCCAGCCUGUUGUAUUGCAGUUGAUCAUGUAAUCUUUCGAUUGCACAAUCCCCUGGGUACUCUGCAGUUGAUACGCGGCUUAAACGGCGUAGGGAUAGGUCUUGCACCUCUAAUGCUCACUGUUCACAGUCCCCUGUUUUUCGGUGAGAUGGCCGAGACCGAACACUUACCUUUAUGGGCAGCCAUCGUAGUUUCAAAUGUACCGAGUCUAGCCCGGCCGUAUGAGUAUCAAAUGUACUAAGCCGGUGAGGGGACGGUUUUGGAGGCGAGAGAAAUUCUCGCCUCCCUUUCCCCACCGCUAUAAGCGCCGGCACCCGCUUCCUCGGUACAUUUGAAACCAAAAUGGCCUCCCGUAACGGCAAGUUCUCGAUCUUUACGAUCUUAGUAAAGAAAAAGGGUACUGUGAACAGUCCAGUAACUCGCCAGGGAAGAGGUAGAUGGGGUCUUCCUUUUUGGGCCGCAUUCCUCAGGUCAAAAGUUCGAGUCACUGUUUUAUCGUGUGUAAUCAGUUUUCCUCGCGACCUAUAGAAGAAACAUUUCAUGUACACCGGAGUGAUUGGGUCUAGAAGAAAUUUUUGGUUCUGUAUUGUUUUGUCUCUUUGUUUAUUGGUUGGUUUUAGCCGUAGCUCGCUGACCUGUGGAAUGUGACUUAUAAACAAGUAUACCUCUGACUCAUCCAAAGUCACAAAAGGGCGUGUUUCCCACGGUGCCCAGAUUAUUAAGUAUUGAACAAUUUCUUCGAUGGCAAAUAAAUGUAACAAAAAUAAUAAUGAUAAUAGGCCUCAAACUGCGCUCUUUUAUAUCCCCGCUGAAAAUGUAGGCAAAUUAGGAAUAUUAUCUCUAUUAGUGGUAUUUACAAUGAUAAUAUUUACAAUAAUCGUGCAGAAAAUGGCGAAAAUCUUAGUUUUACUUGAAGCUGGUCGCAAUUUACCUUAUUAUAGGAAAUAAACGCGAUUUUCAAAAAUUCACGUUUAAUUUAAGUUGCGUUAAUUUCUUGAAACGUUUAUUUGCGCGCUGUUAAUAGUGAAGCGUUAAUUUCCGCGACCUUAAUUUCCAGGGUGGAGAUCGGCCAGUAACAAUGAAACUGUGUAGAACGCUCGAAGUGGCCAGAUUUCUUUGCUUGACCCCCUUCGUACGUGAAGGGAAAGUUUCUAUUUCAGAAAACGUUUAACCAAUUGUUUCUGUUAGCUCCGGCGACAGGUUUUGUGUCUUUGUGAGCAUCGCUAUAAUUUCCGUCAUUUUAAAUUGUUUGUUUUUCCAAUACCUUUAUUUCAUGGAGCGUUAUGCAUUUCCUAUAAUAAGGUAAAUACUAUUUGCUGCUUCUAGUCGGUACAGUUUGCGCCAUGAAGGCUGCAUUACUGAAUUUGUAUCAUAGCUAUUUUUGUAUAUCAUUUAACUCAUUGUUAUUUUAAAUUCAAAGUUGUACAGCACCAAGAAUGUUUAGCACAGAUAUUAAAACUACAAUGUAACAACA